AAAAAGGUGGGUCUUCAAACUGGAGUCGCUAUAUAGUCCACAUUGUUUAGACGCGGCGGCAGAGGGCAUUGUUGACGAUCAGUUAGUGUGUUGUAGUAUCAUUUUUCAGCCUUGAUGAGCCUAAAACUUCCCAGGAGGAAGAUGAGUUUUCCCGGUGGUGUGAAAAUGGCGGAAGACAUCAGCGAUCAGAUGAGACCGCUACUCACAUCCGGUAAUGAUGAUGAGGCGGUCUUGGAUAGAGGGAAGACCAGCGCCACGCUCUCCACUAACUUUGAGAAGGAGGACCUGGAGAGUCACAGGGCGCUCUAUGUUGGCGUCCAUGUCCCAUUGGGUCGACAGAGCCGCCGGCGGCACCGUCACAGAGGACACAAGCAUCACCGCAGAAGGAGGGAUCGUUUGGAGCGGGAAGACGACCAAGAGUGUCCAUCAUAUGACACGCCCUCCCAAAGGGUACAGUUCAUCCUCGGCACGGAGGAUGAUGACGAGGAGCACGUUCCCCAUGACCUCUUUACCGAACUGGACGAGCUCGCCUUCAGGGACGGAGACAUCCUGGAGUGGAAGGAGACUGCCAGGUGGUUGAAGUUUGAGGAAGACGUAGAGGAUGGCGGUGAGCGUUGGAGUAAACCUUAUGUGGCCACGUUGUCACUGCAUAGCCUGUUUGAGCUGCGCUCCUGCAUCACGAACGGCACCGUGCUGCUCGAUAUGCGCGCCAACACCAUCGAGGAGAUCGCAGACAUGGUGAUUGACAGUCUGCUGGCAUCCGGUCAGAUGGACGAGGAUGUUCAGGACAAGGUGAGGGAGGCUGUUUUGAGACGUCAUCACCAUCAGAACGAGAAGAGGCUGAGUAACCGCAUCCCGCUUGUUCGAUCCUUCGCCGACAUCGGCAAGAAACAUUCUGAUCCCCAUCUACUAGAACGCAAUGGUAUCCUGGCGUCUCCUCAGUCGGCUCCCGGGAACCUGGACGGCAGCAAAGGGAGUGAAACUCGUGCGGGUGGUGGCAGUGGUGAAAACAGCACAGUAGACUUCAGCAAAGUGGACAUGAACUUCAUGAAGAAGAUUCCUCCCGGUGCAGAAGCCUCCAAUGUGCUGGUGGGGGAAGUGGACUUUCUGGAGCGCCCCAUCAUUGCCUUUGUGCGCCUUGCCCCUGCCGUGCUCCUCACCGGGCUCACUGAGGUCCCAGUGCCCACAAGGUUCCUCUUCCUUUUGUUGGGUCCGUUCGGGAAAGGUCCACAGUACCAUGAGAUUGGACGCUCCAUGGCCACUCUUAUGACAGAUGAGAUUUUCCAUGAUGUUGCGUACAAGGCGAAGGACCGAAAUGACCUGCUGUCAGGGAUUGAUGAGUUCCUGGAUCAAGUGACUGUGCUCCCACCAGGUGAAUGGGACCCCAGCAUCCGCAUCGAACCACCAAAGAGCGUCCCCUCUCAGGAGAAAAGAAAGAUUCCAUCUGUUCCCAAUGGCUCCGCCCACAGCUCUGAGAUCAUCAAAGAGGCAGAACAUCAGACUGGACCAGAGCUGCAGAGAACAGGAAGGCUGUUUGGUGGUUUGGUGAAGGACAUCCAGAGAAAAGCGCCUUUCCUGCUAAGUGACAUUACAGACGCCGUCAGCCUCCAGUGUUUGGCGUCCAUCCUCUUCCUGUACUGUGCCUGCAUGUCGCCCGUCAUCACUUUUGGAGGCCUGCUGGGAGAAGCCACAAAAGGAAAUAUUAGCGCCAUUGAGUCUCUGUUUGGGGCUUCCCUUACGGGUGUGGCCUACUCUGUCUUUGCGGGUCAGCCUCUCACCAUCCUGGGCAGCACCGGUCCCGUUCUGGUCUUUGAGAAGAUCCUCUUCAAGUUCUGCAGUGACUAUGGCCUGUCCUACCUGUCUCUGCGGACCAGCAUUGGCCUGUGGACCGCCUUCCUCUGCUUCCUGCUGGUCGCCACAGAUGCGAGCUCGCUUGUGUGCUACAUCACACGCUUCACAGAGGAGGCCUUCGCCGCCCUCAUUUGCAUCAUUUUCAUCUACGAGGCUCUAGAGAAGCUGGUCCAUUUGGGGGAGCUCUACCCAGUUAACAUGGGUAACCACCUGGACAACUUGACCUUCUACACGUGUGGAUGUUCCCCACCUGCCAAUACAUCAGCUGAGAUGCAUGAGAUUUGGAGCAACUUCGGCUACAACUCGUCCGAGAGCGUCCCAUGGGGGCAGCUGAGUGUGAAGGACUGUCAGACUUUACACGGCCGGUUUGUGGGCAAAGCUUGCAACCAUGACGGUCCCUUCAUCCCUGACGUCCUCUUCUGGUCUGUCAUCCUUUUCUUCACCACAUUCCUCCUCUGCUCCUUCCUCAAACACUUCAAGACCAGGAGAUACUUCCCCACCAAGGUACGGUCCACCAUUAGCGACUUUGCCGUCUUCCUCACCAUCAUGGUCAUGGUGCUGCUGGAUUAUCUGAUGGGAAUUCCUUCUCCCAAACUCAGCGUCCCAGACCGCUUUGAGCCCACCUCCAACACCCGCGGGUGGCUCAUUUCACCACUGGGUACAAAUCCCUGGUGGACACUGCUCGCCGCAGCGAUCCCCGCUCUGCUCUGUACCAUCCUCAUCUUCAUGGACCAGCAGAUCACGGCUGUCAUCGUCAACAGGAAGGAGAACAAGCUGAAGAAAGGCUGCGGCUACCAUCUGGACCUGCUGGUGGUGGCGCUGAUGCUGGGCGUGUGCUCCAUCAUGGGACUCCCAUGGUUUGUGGCGGCGACCGUGCUCUCCAUCUCGCAUGUCAACAGCCUCAAACUGGAGUCGGCGUGCGCGGCCCCAGGCGAGCAACCCAAAUUCCUGGGCAUCAGGGAGCAGCGUGUGACGGGGUUCGUGAUCUUUGCCCUUAUGGGCUGCUCCGUCUUCAUGACCUCUGCCCUCAAGUUCAUCCCUAUGCCCGUCCUCUAUGGUGUCUUCCUCUACAUGGGCGUGUCCUCGCUAAAAGGAAUUCAGCUCUUCGACCGCAUCAAACUAUUCGCCAUGGCAGCCAAGCACCAGCCCGACCUGAUCUACCUUCGCUACGUGCCUCUCUGGAAGGUCCAUGCCUUCACGGCCGUGCAGCUGUCCUGCCUCGUUGUCCUCUGGCUUGUCAAAGCGUCCUCUGCCGCCUUCAUCUUCCCCAUGAUGGUUCUGGCGCUGGUGUUCAUCCGGAAGCUUCUGGACUUUUGCUUCAGCAAGCGAGAGCUGAGCUGGCUGGAUGACCUUAUACCCGAGAGCAAGAAGAAGAAGGACGACGACAAGAAGAAGAAGCGGGAGAAGGAGGAUGCUCAGCGAAUGUCUGAGAAGGUUGAAGAAGACUUUGCUUUUGAGCCGGCCAAGGUUAUUGAGGUGCCGGUGAAAAGUUUGAAAGGACGGACGGACCCAUCAGAGGUGAACAUCUCAUACGAAAUGGACAAAAGUGGCGUGUGGAAGUCUCUCUCUGUGAAGUCUGACAGCAGCAAAGCUCUGAAACAAAGCAAAAGCCAAGAGAAUCUCACCAGCGUUGCUGUGGGUGGCGGAGAAGAUGCAAGUGCCGUCGAUGCUGAGACAUCGCUAUGAGCCGCACAGGAAGUCAAACUUCAAGAGAACCAGUUGGGUUCCUCCUCGACUCGAGGACGAAUGUGUUGGUUUUUUUUCCCUUCACCGUUUUAUGGUGAAAAUACACAAGUUUUAUUUUCACAAAGCUGACCAAUUCUUCCAUCACAUUGUUAGUGUGCAUACGUGUUGCUGUUUUAUUUGUAAAUUGAAUAAAAAUCAGUUGGAUGAUCUGA